AUGGCUUUCAUUUUCAUCUUCUCCCUUAUCAUCACCACGGCUCCAUCUUUGCUUGCACAUUCACAAUCACAACCUAACCAGUUUUGUGAAGCUGGAAUCGGAUAUGGAGAGUCUUCGUGUGGAGGUUCAAUUCCGUCGUCGUCGUCGUCCAAGUUGUUGAUCAAAGGCGGUACUGUUGUUAACGCUCAUCAUCAACAAAUCGCUGAUGUUUAUGUUGAAGACGGCGUCAUUGUUGCUGUUAAUCCAACUAUCACUGUUGGAGAUGAGGUGCGUGUCAUAGAUGCUACUGGCAAGUUUGUUAUGCCAGGAGGCAUUGAUCCUCAUACUCAUCUAGAGUUUGAGUUUAUGAACACUGUAACGAAGGAUGACUUCUUCAGUGGCCAGGCCGCAGCAUUGGCAGGUGGGACGACAAUGCACAUUGACUUUGUCAUACCAAUUGAUGGCAGUUUAACGACCGGUUUUGAAGCUUAUGAAAAGAAGGCAAAGAAGUCCUGCAUGGAUUAUGGUUUCCAUAUGGCUAUCACCAAAUGGGAUGAAACAGUUGCAAGAGAAAUGGAGAUCAUGGUCAAGGAGAAAGGUAUCAAUUCUUUUAAGUUUUUCAUGGCUUACAAAGGAGCUCUUAUGAUCAGUGAUGAGCUUCUUAUAGAAGGACUUAAAAAGUGCAAGUCUCUCGGUGCCUUAGCCAUGGUCCAUGCAGAAAACGGUGAUGCUGUGUAUGAAGGGCAAAAGAAGAUGAUAGAGCUUGGAAUAACUGGACCUGAGGGGCAUGCUCUUUCAAGGCCUCCAGUGUUGGAAGGAGAGGCAACUGCUCGUGCUAUUCGCUUAGCAGAUUUUGUAAACACUCCUUUGUAUGUGGUUCAUGUCAUGAGCAUUGAUGCAAUGGAAGAAGUUGCGAAAGCCAGGAAAUCAGGACAAAGAGUAAUAGGAGAGCCUGUUCUAUCUGGGUUAGCCCUUGAUGAUUCUUGGCUUUGGCAUCCUGACUUUGUGACUGCAGCAAAGUAUGUGAUGAGCCCCCCUAUUAGGAAACAAGGACAUGAUAAGGCCCUACAAGCUGCCCUCUCAAGAGGAGUUUUGCAGCUGGUAGGAACUGACCACUGUGUCUUCAAUUCCACUCAGAAAUCUUUUGGAAUUGAUGACUUCCGGAAAAUUCCUAACGGUGUCAAUGGUAUCGAAGAAAGGAUGCACAUGGUAUGGGAUAUCAUGGUGGAAUCUGGCCAAAUAUCUGUCUCUGACUAUGUCCGGUUGACAAGCACCGAAUGUGCCAGAAUCUUCAAUAUAUAUCCAAGGAAAGGAGCGAUUCUUCCUGGCUCUGAUGCAGAUAUUAUAAUUCUCAAUCCAAAUUCAAGCUUUGAGGUAACAUCAAAGUCACACCACUCCAGAGUGGAUACAAACGUCUAUGAGGGAAGGAGAGGAAAGGGGAAAAUUGAAGUGACUAUAGCAGGAGGAAGAGUUGUUUGGGAAAAUAAUGAAUUGAAAGUUGUUCCUGGUACUGGGAGAUACAUACAAAUGUCACCUUUUAGUUAUCUGUUCGAUGGAUUGGACAAGAAGGAUGCCAGUUAUCUAAAUUCCCUUCAAGCCCCCGUUAAGCGAGCAAAGUCCGCCACAUAA